AUGGCCAGUCAGGGAAAGUCCGGGUCUCAGGAGACCCAGGAGGAGGAAGAGGAGGAGGUGGACCCCCCGAGGGUGUCGAUGAUGCUGGAGCAAGCUCAGGAGUUGUUUCUGCUAUGUGACAAGGAGGCCAAGGGCUUCAUCACUCGGCAUGACCUGCAGGGCCUGCAGAGCGACCUGCCUCUCACACCUGAGCAGUUGGAGGCUGUGUUCGAGAGUCUGGACCAGGCCCAAACUGGCUUUCUCACUCUUCGGGAGUUCAGCCUUGGCCUUGGCAAGUUCGUGGGUGUGGAAUCAGCCCAGCGCAUGCUGCCCUCCAGAGCCACCGAGGAAACUUUUGAGUCAGGCUGGCCUGAUGCACAAGACCCUGAGGGCUCCCUGGAGGAGGAGGAAGAGGGCGGAGAGCGAUUCUGCGCUGCACUGGAGCAGCUGGGGGUGGCCCGAAUCCUGGGCGAGCAGCGGGCGGUGCGGGCUCUCUGGGUCUUGCUACAGCGGGAGCGACCCGAGCUACUGGGCUGCUUCGAGGACGUUCUGAUGCGCGCGUCCGCCUGUCUGGAGGAGGCGGCCCGAGAGCGGGACGGCCUAGCACAGGCGCUGCGGCGGCGGGAGAGCGAGUACGAGAGGGAGGUGCGGUACCUGUACGAUGAGAUGGAACAGCAACUCCGCGAGCAGCGUUUGCGCCUGCGAUCUCAGGACCUCCCCCGGAAAGAGCGGAGGGGCCGCCUGGAGCAGGAACUGCAAAGCCGAGAGCAGGAGCUGGAGUAUGCAGGCCUGCGGCAGCGGGAGCUGGAACAACAGCUGCAGACUCGCGCCGCGGAGCAGCUGGAGGCGCAGGCGCAGAACGCUCAGUUGUGGCUGGCCAACGAGGCGCUGCGGACACAGCUGGAGGGGGCGCAGGAGCAGCUCCGCAGACUGGAGGGCGAUGCGCUGGGUCGUCAAGAGCAAAUGCGACGAGACGUGGUCGUGGUCUCGAGAAACAUGCAGACGGAAAAGCUCAGCCUGCUACGACAGUUGGAGCUCCUCAGGGAGCUGAACACCCGACUACGUGAUGAGAGGGACGCCUGUGAGACCAAGAGGCUGGGCAGUGGCCGGAGGAAGGCUCUGGCGUCAGCUCGCCUGCCUGGACCUGGCAGCUGCUGUUGCUGUAACUGGGCUCGCCCGCCCCUCCGAGGCUCUGGCCACCUGCCCAGUGCUCGAUGA